CCUCUAUCUCUGCUGUGUUGCUGAUCGACUCAAAGUGAAGUAAGUGUUACAAGAACACUUACAAGAAGUAUUCACUCAUGUCCAGCAGGUCCUGUCGGAUCUCCUCCCGAGACCUGAACCAACACCACCGGAAAUCAGACAAUAUUCACUACAAAGAUGGUAGACAGUCCAAGUGGAAAUACCCCCAUGAUAACACCUGCUCACUACGGUCCUUGUGGAGUGAUUCUGGGAAGGUUGAGAGUGAGAAGAGCUCACAGGGAGAGUGAAUCCAACCCAAGCACUGCCAGCAUGCACCAGAUGAACACCCAGGAUCGGGAUAACUCAGAUUCCGCUUACACUGCGCAGAGCCACCAUACCGCCCCGCAUACCAUCAUCUUGGACUCUCCUAGCCCAACAAGCCAGCCGGCUCGACGUAGGGGAGAACAUGAGGAUGACGAUAUAACAGCUUCGCAUGAUGAUCAGGAUGACUGGAGCCUAGAGAACCUGCCAGAUAUCUUGUACAUCCUGAAACCCGAACAUGGAAAAUCCAGACACGUUGUUCGUACUACCGCGCACAAGAUCUUCGGAAAGCACAUCAAUGCUUUUUCAGUCCUCCCAGACCAGAUAUCCUCCAAGGUAGAAGGGUGGAGACUUGAAGCUUGGAUGCGUCUCGAUCGUCGGAUAACUGGGCAAGACAUCAUUGACCGUGUAAAUCCCAGGUACAGGUCUAGAUUAUCAUCAAUUGACGUUGAACUUCGUCGGAAGGCUUUCCGAGAGCGAUUUCACGUUGCAUGCUGGGGAGCUCAAAAGACUAUUAAUAAUAUAUCUCGCCUGGCUGUAUCAAUGGGAAUAGACCCGGCGUCGAACACUACAAGAGGUCUAACACCGGGGCUAAUCGACCCUUCUAAAGGCGAGGCCGGCGGGCGCAUUCCGCUGCCCCCAGGAGCAGCCAGCGAUGGUAUCUCUGAUUCUGUUUUCCACGCAGAUCAUUCAGAUAGUGAUGUCUUGGAGCGGCCUCACCUGGUCACGCAGAACUCUCACCCCGGUCAUAUCCCUACGGUAAUCCUCGAUGAGCCCCAGCGAAGCAAAUCAGCCGAACUCCUCUACCAGUUACACUGGGAUACAAAGCACUUACGGAAGAAACGCGUCUUUAAUAGCGAUCACUUCAGACUUACGGGUUGCCGUCUUGAAAGGCCAAAUUUUCAUGAUUCUGAGAGGUAA